CGCGAGAGUUGGAGUUUUGGCGAGAGUUUGUGGAAGAUGGCGCCUGUUGUGACAGGUCAUUGAAAUUGUGUAUGAGACUGUCAUUCAAAUGGAAGCGUAAUAGUUCUUCGGAGCCAUUAUGAUCUCAAAAGGAAAGGAGAAUGAUACACUGGCUGAGGUGUUUUGAGGUGCAUCGAAGUGUGCUGAGCCGUGGCUCACCUUAACAUGUUCUUGAAGUACCAUGGCGUGGAUUAAAAGGGAUAAUAGAUGUGGCCUUUAUUUUGCUGGAGCUUCUCUCCCACGUCCCACUGUCGAGCUGGAAAAUUAUAUUGAUCAUUCAAGGAAAUUUGGUGAGCGGCCCCAACCUAAACGACUCACCAGGGAAGCAAUGAGAAAUUAUCUAAAAGAGCGGGGUGAUCAAACAGUACUAAUCCUCCAUGCAAAAGUUGCACAGAAGUCUUAUGGAAAUGAAAAACGGUUUUUUUGUCCACCUCCCUGUGUGUAUCUUAUGGGCAGUGGAUGGAAGAAAAAAAAAGAGCAAAUGGAGCGGGAUGGUUGUUCUGAACAAGAAUCUCAACCGUGCGCUUUUAUUGGAAUAGGAAAUAGUGACCAAGAAAUGCAGCAGCUGAACUUGGAAGGAAAGAAUUAUUGCACAGCUAAAACGUUGUACAUAUCAGAUUCAGACAAGCGAAAGCACUUCAUGUUAUCUGUAAAAAUGUUUUACGGCAAUAGCGAUGAUAUUGGGGUGUUUCUCAGCAAAAGGAUCAAAGUCAUCUCCAAGCCUUCUAAAAAGAAGCAGUCAUUGAAAAACGCUGACUUAUGCAUCGCAUCAGGGACAAAAGUGGCACUAUUUAAUCGACUUCGCUCCCAAACAGUAAGCACCAGAUAUUUGCAUGUAGAAGGAGGCAAUUUCCAUGCCAGCUCGCAACAGUGGGGCGCCUUUUACAUUCAUCUCCUGGAUGAUGAUGAAUCAGAAGGAGAAGAAUUCACGGUGCGAGAUGGCUACAUCCAUUAUGGACAAACAGUCAAACUUGUGUGUUCAGUUACAGGCAUGGCACUCCCAAGAUUGAUAAUUCGAAAAGUCGAUAAACAGACCGCGUUACUGGAUGCAGAUGAUCCGGUGUCCCAGCUCCAUAAGUGUGCAUUUUACCUUAAGGAUACAGAAAGAAUGUACUUGUGCCUUUCCCAAGAGAGAAUAAUCCAGUUUCAAGCCACUCCAUGCCCCAAAGAACCAAAUAAAGAGAUGAUCAAUGACGGAGCUUCUUGGACAAUCAUUAGUACAGAUAAGGCAGAAUAUACAUUUUAUGAGGGGAUGGGACCUGUCCAUGCUCCAGUAACACCUGUGCCUGUGGUAGAAAGUCUUCAGUUGAACGGCGGCGGAGAUGUAGCGAUGCUAGAACUUACAGGACAGAACUUCACUCCAAAUUUACGUGUCUGGUUCGGGGACGUGGAAGCUGAAACCAUGUACAGAUGUGCCGAGAGCAUGCUCUGCGUCGUCCCCGACAUUUCUGCAUUCCGAGAAGGUUGGAGAUGGGUCCGUCAGCCAGUCCAAGUUCCAGUGACUUUGGUCCGUAACGAUGGAAUAAUCUAUUCCACCAGCCUUACCUUUACGUACACCCCGGAACCAGGGCCCCGGCCACACUGCAGCGCGGCGGGAGCCAUCCUUCGAGCCAACUCGAGCCUCAUGGCCUCUAACGAACCGAACACAAACAGCGAGGGAAGUUACACAAAUGUCAGCACAAACCCAACCAACGUCACAUCGUCCACAGCGACGGUAGUGUCCUAACUACCGUCGAGCGCGAGGACUUCAACGGACUUCUGAGUGCUGCAGACGAGGAAACCGAACAAUCUUUUGUGGUUUUGCGGAGAGACGAUUUUCCAUCCUCGGUGACGAUACCCUUUCUACCCCAUUACUUGCAAGUGCUGAUUUGAAAAGCCGAAGCCACAAUAAAAAAAGAAAAAUACAACGAAAAUGUAAAAAAGACUCUAUUGAAAAUCUAUUUUUCAGCUGGUUUUUUUGGUUUUUGGUUUUUGUUUUUUGUUUUUUGUUUUUUUUAAAGGGCAAGAAAUAGAAACGUGGCUGGGAUAAAAGUUAAGCAAACUAGAAAACAUUGAACAUAACAUAGUUUUUACGGACCAAGGAACUUGUAUAAGCUUUAGUAAAAGGUACAUUUUCACCAUACCUUUUUUGUAUCACAACAUAUAGUACACUUUUGUUACCAAAUAGUUUAUAUUUUUUUUUCCUCUGAGGUUUUGCUCUGAAGUAUAUUCAGGUUCCAGGCCUGGCCAUGCUUGUAUAAUCUAAUUACCAUACUCUUCCAGUUUAAAAAAAUAUAUAUUUUUGGUCUGUGGCUGGAACUGUUCCUUUUUUUAAACUGAAGUCUUGUGACUUUUUAUGAACUGAAAUUAUUUUGAUUUCAGCAAGUAGAACCUUGUAAAGGCCAGCAUAUUUUUUUUAAGAUUAUAUGAAGUCUGUGCAAAAGCUUUAAAAAAAGAUGCCUCUGCCUUGCCUCCAAUACAUGCAAUGUAUGUUAACUUAGUGGUCUAUUUCAGUCAUUGUUGAUAGUUAUUUCUGUGUUUUCCUUUAAAAAAAAAUUGUAUUUAUAGUGGUAAUUCAAGAUGUUCUAACAUUUACGUGAAUUCAAAUGGGGCAGUUCGAACCGUCACGUUGGACUGUCAAGUCACAGAAAAUGUUGGUGUUUGAAGGGUUGUUUUUUUUUUUUUUUUUUAAGUUCAAAUCAUUAACUCAUCAAUGUUUUCCAGGAGCCGUUCAGGUUUUUUGUUUCUCCCCACCCUUUAUCUUGUACAUAACGUGUAUUACGUGUAAGUUAAACUUUGUUUUUGAAUGUGGAAUGUUCCCAAUGGCUUCAUUUGGCCUGUUUGGCGUGUGACAGAAGAAGCACGAGAAAUAUUUGCUACCAGAGAGAUUGUUAGGUUAUGCCCCCUUUUUCUGUGAGGAGAGGAAUUCAACAAAAGCAUGUUUUUAUUGCCUUUACGUCUUUUUUUUUUUUAGUAGACUAGGCCAAAACCAUAGGUGUAACCCUAAAAUAAGAAGAUGCUUUUGUUAGAUCGACUAAAAAAAAUAAAUAGGACUACAGUACUUAGAAAUGGAUAGAUGAGAGAUUUUGAAACUAAAACACAUCUCCUUCCCUACCUUGAUCACUCUCUCUGACACCAUCCUUCCCAACUCCGCCCUCACAAGGACAGCACCCCAUUCAGGUCCGGCCUCGGUGGCAUUCAGCAGGUUUUUGUUUGCCUUGCACUCUGAACUUGCCAUUUUUACAUCGUCUCCAUUCCCGUCCUUUACCUUGACUGCAUUUUUGUUAAAUGUCCUGGAAACUGCAGCAGAACCACUGGGAUGCACGGUCCUCGGACUGUGUGUGUGUGUGUGUAUGUGUGUAUGUGUUUGUGUGUGUGUGUGUAUGUGUGUGUAGGCUUGCAGAGCAUCGCCCGGUAAAUGCAGCCACCCUUCCUUAGAGUAAAAACUACCUCUGCAUCGUGGCAAGUCCUCACUGUCCCGUAACAAGAGCCGCAAGUACCUUGUGAAUGCCAGCAAAGCCCGGGUUUCUUGCAGGGUUCGUCACACAGAGCAGUGCUUUUGGUGGGGGGGGGUAUCUCCCAAUCUGUCGGAGGAGGUUUUCGCUGACCACUUGAAAAGACAAAUCUGAACCAUCGUAAAACCGUCCUCCUCUGCGCGUUGGCUUUCCUGAUGGUUUUUUUAAAAAAAAUUUUGGCUGGGUUUACGCCUCUGGAAAUGUUUUUUUGUUUUGGGGGGGGCGGGGUUUUGCCUGUGUUAAUCGUUUUGGUCUCUAGUCUGAGAAGGGAGAAUUCAUUUGUAGUACACUUUCAGUUGUCAGAUCAGUGCCACUGUGUUUCUCUCCUACCACGGGCCUUUCUAGGGACUCGGAGGAUAUUUUGUACUCGAUACCCUUUUCUCUUUCAACUUGUUACAAACGCUGGUUCUCCGGGCCAGCAGAUACUGCCUCAGACCAAGGAAAGAACUCAUCGUGGCCUUAUCGAUCUUUGUUUAAAACUGUUUACUGGCAUUGACUUGCAAACAUGUUUACUGGUGUCUGUGUGCUGUUUAAUUUCCUCUGAGUAAUGGCAGCCGUCAUUUCGCAAUGUUUUGGUCGAAGUAUGUAUGCAUAAUACAGUACUGUUUUUUUUCUAAAAAUGGGCCACAAGUUUCCUUUGCUUAUUAGGUUUCAUAGUCAAGUAAGAACUGUUAUUGGAUUCACUCUCAUACAAGAAUAAUAAUAAUAAUUAUAGAGGAGAUCCUUUUUCAGAACAAAUUACUGCUUUACCCAGUCGGUGAACCCGUAACUCCUCCACUCUCAAAAAGUCGACCGUCUGUUCCCUUCCGGACUUUAAAGUCUUAUUUUUCCCAAUGUCUGCUUGGGUACUUAGCUUAUUUCUUCAUAGCGGAUUGCCCACUGGAGUGAGUAUAUAUACACACUAUCUCUGAAUUUAAAGCGUUUCAAGCUACUAACAAAACACAUUGUUUUUCGUCAGUUUUAUGCCUUUCUACACCCUAAAGGUGAAUGGGCGAAAAAAAGAAAUUCAGUUGUCGCUGAAUCUUUUGUCAGUACUCAUUUUUCUGAAUUCUGCUUUUCCUAAAUCUGUCCUUUGAACUUGUGGCCAGUUAUCUUGAGUUUAUUAUGAUGAGACGCGUCUUCCAGAUCAAUACCCCUUCAAGAAAGAUUCCCUGUCGUAACGGAGCUGGGAUUUUCCUUGGGCUUUUUUUUUUUGUUACUCGGUGGAAGCUCCCUGAACCGUUGGUCAUUUCCUUGAUAAUGGGUGGAGAGCACCCGUAGAAUGUUACUGCUUCUGUUGAACUCCAUAGCGAAUGAAUGCUCCAGGAGGAAAUGGAACUCCCAAACCCUCUUGCUUUCGUGUCUCAUGUGCUCUGACGUCAGUUCAAAAAUGAUACAAUGAAGCCCAUGUUCCGAGUCGAGUUUUUUUGUGAUGUUCUAGUCCCUUCCAUCCACCCCGUAGACUGGGAAACGACUCAGAUGCUCCAAAUUGGAUUGGCCCUUGGGUUUGGAACGGUUUCAAAAUUGAACACUAGUGUAAUACCGUGGAACCUGCUGCUGUCUUUUCUUAAUCCUCUGACCUAUGAAGGCAUCCCAGCACGUACGACUCCUCUGGUGAAAAAAGAUUCAUUUCGCUUUCACUGCACAGACUCUCUAGGGAUCAUACUGGUUAUUUAAAAAAAAUAAAUAGAUGAACCUGGUACCAUCUCUACCCACAUUAAAAAAAAAAAAAAAGAUUCCGAUGAAAAAUCUUGUACGGGAAACAAGCCAACUACCCAUUUUAGACCAAAUAACUCCAUAGGGGUUUCCCUUUUGAAACAAAACGCUCUUCAAUUAUUAACCACGGUGUUUACUUCUUCUUUCAAAAGCAGCUGUGUUUCUGAUGAGUACUGAACAAAUGUGUGUAAUUUUCUGUGCCAGACUUUUGACUUUGUUUCAAGCACUGUAAUGUGGGAUUGAUUGGCAGCUUUGUUAGAGACAGUAAUAUAUGAGGGUUUCCGUUUAACCCUUUCAGGACUGAAGUAUGUCUCCCUCCAUUAAAUGUCCACCGUUGUAGUGAACGUGUACCAGCAUUGAGUACUGUGUUGGUCCAGAUGUAGAUGAUCUGCUCAGAUUUUUAGCUUAUUUCUCGUACCUUGCAGCAUGUCGUUUGCAUUCAGUCCUUAAGGAAUUCUAUUUUACAAACUGUGCACCUGUAAGGUUUAUUAGCAAUAAGGUAGAAAAUUGAGCAAGUUUUUACCCUAAUUUUGUAGAAAAAAAAUGAAUCUGCUCAGUUCCAUAUUUCGUCGAGAAAAACCUGCAAUACGGGGCAGUUUCAAGGAAUAAAUAAAAGUGAAAUGUAAACCGUC